GUAUUUGUCAUAUUUGAUAUAUUUGUCAUUUUGUCGAAGAAUAUCACUUUGAAGCAAAAAUACUAUUAAAAUGAUCGAUAGACACCGAAAUUAUUGGGGUUGUGCCAUUACUUUUCGCUUUAUUUUACCCUGUGUGUUGGCGGCAGGUUCUUUUUUUCGCCCAAGUAUAAUGUCCUAUGUUCACCUGGUAAUGGGACUAUAUAUGCCGUUUUUCUCCGUGCCUUCGGCAGCAACUCUAAAGGGAUCAACCGGAUCAUAUUUAAAAACGUUGAUUCUUACUUCCUUAUUGUCAACUUCGCUAAUGUUCAGUUUUUAUAUGGUUUUAUUUUUUCCAAAAUCCAAAGAUUUUAAUCUGGAGCCCUGUUCUGGUCUGGAAAAAGCCAUUAGAACUUUAGGGAUAGUAGAUUUUGAUGAUUUGUCAUUAAAUGAUGCCUUAACGUGGAUUGUGCCAGAACCAUUAAUGCUUGGAAUAUCUGUAACAUUGAUGUUCCUAUUCAAAAAAAUGACGAAAAUCGAUGACGUUACAGAUAUGAUGGAAGAUGAGGCUAAACUUAAAAUGAAGGAUUUUAAUCAUAAAAAGCUACUAAAAAUAUUACUUGGAGUCGGUAAAUUGCUAGUGUGUUUUCUGCUAUGCCUGACAUCCAUAAUAAAAGCAUCUGCUAUAGGGGCAAUCUACUACAUUACCUUCGUAUCGAUUUUAACUUACUGGAUGUGCAAUCAACCUUUGGGACGAAUUUUUGCGAGGAUAUUGGUAUUGAUCGUUAUAUUGAUUUUUCUAAACAUUUCGGUGAUAUUCAUGUAUCAGUUGCAAUAUUUUCAUGAUAGCACAGUUUUAGAAACCGAAAGUAUUUUUGGAAGGUUAUUCAAUUUGGUACCAUUUAAAACAUAUAAAAAUUGCGCCAAUCCUAAGAUAUUUAAGAUCCAUGAUCACGGAACUGUGACUUAUAUGUUGCCAUUUUCCCUGUUUAUCUUGUACCAUAUUUGCGUGUUGGUCUCAAGAGAACUUUUAAAUGCCGAUGAUGGGUUUAUUGGUUUAUUUAAGGCAUUCUUUUACCGUGUGGAUCAAUCUGAUAUUGAGGCUAGAUGGCGAAGAGUUUAUAAACAAUUACAAGCACAAGUAGAAAAAGAAAAACAAGCUACGACAGGUACGUACGCAACGGCUGAUAAAAUACAAGCCAUAGCAAGAACUGUUUUUCAAUUUAUCGCCAGUAUGUCUCACGUGAUCAGUAACUUUACUAUGAUGUUAUGGGCUAUAGUAUAUGUAGACGUGCGGGGCCUGGUUUUUUUGCUAUGGUCAAACCUAAUUUGGUUGUUGCCUUUCCAAAAGAAAAUCUUGUAUUUUAUGAGUCCACUGGUGAUAGUUUUUAUCCAUUUUAUGCUUCUGUCUAGUUACCUAUAUUCAAUUGACCUAAAAGCAGAUGAAUUACGUUCUCAAUUUGGAAUUUUGGAUUUUAGAGAAAGUAUUCCGAAAACUAGAUAUGAUAGGUGGAGCUUGCUUGUCAUCCAAUCCUUGUUUGCGGUAAUUAUUUUUAUAUCCAUGAAGCAGCUUUGGUUGGAGAUGGCUUUAAAGAAACAAGAGUCCCGAUAUUCCUCGAUUUACAUCGAUCCCUUAAAAUCAGAGACAGCUUACGGAAUUUGGAGUUACGCAGUUAUGAUGAGAAUAAAGCAAAGUUUAUUAAAUAUUUGUUACAUGUGGUGGAUUUGGUUGGUUGUUGCUGCCAUGAUCCGAAUGGGCUUUUGGGAUACCAGUAACAUUUUAAGAAUUACUUUUGUCGCUUUUGGGUUGAUAUUCAUAAUAGGAUUUCAGAUCUGCCCUUUUGGAAUUUUUAAAAAAAGUCUAUUCGUAUUUUGGUGGAUUGUAAUAAUAUAUGCCCUAUUUAACUUGUUGAUUAUUUAUCUGUAUCAAAUAACUGAUAUAAGAAAUAUCUUAUAUUAUAUAAUAUCGAAACAAAGCUUUAAAAAUGUAGGUUUCAAGGUUUGGAAAAUUCACAAGGAUCGGUUUUAUAACCUUGCAAAUCCGUUAUGCUUCCAAAUUCUAGCUAAUAUACAAGUGACAUAUUUUCAAAAAGAAUUUAACAGAAUCACAUCUCCGCUAUCACCAACGAAAAUGAGCAAAAUGUUAGCUGCUGAAAGCGCUAUUAACAAUAGUAAAUGGUCUAAAUUCAAACACAUAAUUGAAAGAUGCAAUAAAAUAAUGUAUAGUUGCCUGCAAAUCUACUUAUUUCGGAUAAUCCUCAUAAUUGCUUGGUUCAUGUGUCUUUAUGAUUUAUGCGCUCUGUAUAUGCCUGCAGUAAUACUGCUUACGUUGGCAUGCAUAUUCAGAAGAAGUUUUGCGAAAAUCGUCAUAUAUUUUUUAUCGAUCACAGUUUCCGUUCUUAUAAUCCUGAGACUCUUCUACAUGAGACUGAUGCAUACCGAACAUUAUAACUGGAAUUAUGAAGUCGCAUAUGCAAGGAAUGGUAAAGAAUACAAUAUCACCCUCAAUACAGCUGACUGGGUGGGGUUCCACCAAUCUCAAUAUGGCCCGGAUUAUGCUGAUGGCCCCCAACUAAUGUGGUGUUUCAUUUUUAUUGGUUUCGUUACAUUAGACCGGAUUAUUUCGCUUCGAUAUAAAAGACGAGUUAUUUCCGGUAUGGAGUCUCCGAUCACUCAGAACGUCAUGUUCCCAGAAGUGACGAGCGAGAAUUGUCAUAACAGUACCGGGAAUAUGUUGAAGUAUUUGUUUGAUAAUAUAUUUUUUAAAUUCGGAUGUGAGAUAACAUUUAUUUACAUGUGCUUUGCAACAGCAGCUCGAAUGGAUGCGCUAUCCAUUGCUACCAUGAUUUGGCUUUUAAUAAUGUUCUCAUUAAAAAGAAUCUGGAUUAAACGAUUUUGGCUAAUUUUGUUGCUAUUGUUUUCCAUCCUUAUUCCAUUACAGUAUACGAUUACAUUAAGUUGGUGGCCCAAAAACUUCUACAGUUCAAUGUCUAAAUAUUGGACCUCAACGGAUUUUCUUUUGCGAAUCCAACAGUUUUGCUACCUGAGCAAUAUGAUUCAUCCACCGAAAAAGAAUAAACUAAAUUGGGAUUACAUGCUCUUACAAUUCAUUUCCAGUCAGUGGUUGGUCUUUUUAGAGGAGAAUAAAUAUAAAAAAAAUAAUCCUGAUGAAGCGGAUGGACCUAAUGAUGAUGUGUCCUAUAAGUUGGAGGAUACCAAUGUUAAAAAUCCAGUGCCUGAUUUCGUUACUUAUACAAGGUCUUCGCUGGAUACUUACAAAAGAAUAUUUUUCUCAGUUUGGUAUUAUGGAUCCAUAUUUAUGGUUUUAUUCGCCGGAGUCACUAGACCAGCUCUAGCCUCUUUCGGAUAUCUUUUCUUCGCUAGCAUUUAUUUAUGGGAGGGCAGUGGGUUGUUUUUAAGAUGCCCUAAAGAUAUUUUACGAAGAUGGAAUUUCUUGAUGGCUUACAACAUGUUAGUUCUAACUGGAUACUGCGUAAGUCAGAUAUUUGGAUGUAUUUUAAAUUACAGCGAAUCACAAGGAUUUACUUAUUACUGUUAUAUCUAUAAAGUAUUCGACAUAGGUUGUAUUGACAGAUUUGAAAUGUUUGACGGAGUGAAAAAUUUUUCAAGAAAAGGCCAAUGCGUAGACAAUAAAAAUCCCAAUCUGUUAUGGGAUUGUUUUUGUUUUUUCUCUUUGAUGGUUCAACAGAGGAUUUUUAAAUCUUACCAUUUUUUCCAUUUGGUUAAUGACUCCAAGGCUGCAAAGAUACUCGAAGAUAGAGGUGCAGUUUUAAUAGAAGAAAAUAGGCGAAAAAAAAGGGAAGAAAUUCUAAAUGAGGCAACCAUUAUAAAAGCAAAUAUCGAAAAGAAACUACAAAAGUAUCGUGUCAAUAGCACAAAAAUUGAAGCUAUAAGGAAUGGAGAAACCGCUUUGUUCGAUGAGGUUUAUAAAGAAACAGAUGUGCCUCUUCUGCCAGAGAAGCAAACUUUGGAAGAAAUCGAUGAUAGUGAUUUUGAGGAACAUGAUCCCAUGUCUAUUUCAAUGUUUUUACAAGUGCUUGAUGCUACUAAUAUUGACGGCGUUCUUUUAGAGAGAAAAAAUAGAAAUCAAAAGAAGAAAAAACAAAUUCAAAAGAUAGAAGCUACAUCCUCUACCUAUCGGCCAAAUAUGAAAAAAAGUAACUAUUCCCGAUUUGAGAGAGGCAUUUUAUUUUUGUUAGCGAUUUUGGAGGCAAUAGUUGUAAGUCUGACGAGAGAAAUUAAUAAGAUAACAAAAACUUUUCGCCACAUUUUACGAGACAUUAGUAAAGAUUCAAAAAUCAUCAAGGAAAAGACUAAUUAUAUUCCAGGAUUACGUGCGAAAAGCAAUCGUGUUUGGCAUCCUACAGUAACGUACGAAGAUGUAGAAAAUGAAAAGAAAAAAGGUAAAUUUAAAAGCGAAGAAAUUCUUCCACAAACGAUUUACUUAAAGCUAUUCAAGUCCAUAUGGUAUUUAAUCAUGUCCCACACGGAAUGGCUGUGCUAUUGUUUAAUUAUAAUAAAUCAAGCAAUAGGAAACACAUUCUUAUCCCUACCACAGGCUUUAAUGGUUUUUUGUUGGGGCUCUAUGAGCGUACCAUUACCCUCGAAAACCUUUUGGAUUAUUAAUAUUGGAUUUUGUCUUGUUACCAUUCUACUUCAAACUUUUUUUGGAACAAAAUUGGUCCCAUGGAGACAUCAUGACAAGAAGUUCAUCGGCAUUAAAUAUGUGUUAUUUGCACCAAAAAUUAUCGGCGUUUGGGAUGAAGACACAACAUGUAGUUUGUUGUUAUUAUUCGCGCUUUUCUUUCAUAGGGAUAUGCUUCACAGACUUGGUUUAUGGAAACCUUACACCUACAGGCCUUAUACGAUAAUAAAUGAUGGACUAUAUACAAUACGGGCUAACACUCUUGCUUCUGUCAAUCCAACAGGAAAAGCUGAUCGUAAUAUAUUGAUGGUCAUAACGGAGGGGUUAAGCUUGAGUAAUUAUUUCCCGAAAUCAAUUUUACAUGGAAUUACUAAGUAUGGAGAGGGUAUUCGUCUAUAUAUGCAGCAGUCAAUUUCGCCUUCGUCUCCGCAAAUCCCUGUCGACGUAUACACCCCCAUGUUCUGUUGCGACUUACUAAACUUUUUUUUGAUGAUUUUCUGCUUUUACAACUUUUUGAAUUUAAAUGACUACUCUGGCAUAAUCCAGAUCCUCCAGAGCAACAGAGUUCCAUUGUAUUUUAUUGCAAAUUUUAUCUUACUAACCUUAUUUAUGAUCAUCGAUAGAUUUAUCUACAUACGUAGAAAUCGUUUUGGAAAACUUAUCUAUCAUUAUGUUCAAGUGCUGGGAUAUCACCUGAUGUUCUUCGUUGUCCAUCCCAUAGUACAAGGCUGGUAUAUUUAUAAUUCACCUAUUGUGCAGACAUUUUAUAUUGUAAAGUGUAUUUACUUCUUAUUUUCUGGUUACCAAAUUAGAAACGGUUAUAAGGUGUUUAUAUCAUAUCAUUGCUUGUGGCAUCACUAUAAUAUUUUUAGCAGGUAUGCUUAUAUUCUAUACAGAACAACCCCAUAUUUUAUUGAGGGUCGACUUUUGCUCGACUGGAUAGCGGCAGAAAGUAGUUUAGGUAUGCCGGCCUGGUUUAAAAUGGAGAGUAUAACGAGUCGCAUGCAUUCUAACAGAUGUCGGCAAUUAAGAGAAGAGGAUUACUAUAAACAGGCAGGAAUUCCGGAAAAUCGAAGGAAAAAAAUUAUAAUGGGCACACUAAUGUGUAGUUUCAUAUUGCUAGCAUUGGUAUUUCCCUUGAUGCUCUUUUCGGUGCGAGGACAAGUUGGAAAGACUACUAGCCCAAGAAAUGUAAAACUAAGCUUGUAUUUUAACAUGCCGGACCCGAUUUUUGAAUCACUUGCGGAUCCCAGUGAGCAGAAAAGAUUAACAUCAGAAGAGUACCGAAACCUUAGUUCAAACUUUAAUAGCAUCAGCGCCUCCAAAGAUAUCUUUGAUACAUUUAAAGCGGAAGAUAUAGUGGUGAUAAAAUGGACAGGGUACAGUUUUACUCCAUGGGAUAUGUCUCCGGGUUCCGUUUCAGAAAUUUGUAAACUUUUAGAAAGCAGCUAUAUCUUUACUAUUACUUUUGAACUAUCUUACAUUCACAUUGAUGAAAAAGGGGAUGAGACUAAGCACAAUUAUAGAGACAUUAUUGAAAUACCACCGUUACCCAAUGCAAAUCGAGGAAUAUUAUUGAAUAUUUUAAAAAAUAAAAGCGAAGAUGUCCUUACUUUACCCCUAGUUUUCCCAAAGUUCUUGAUGAUUUCGGGAGGUGGAGAAGCACAAUCCCUUCAACUUAUGGAAAGUGGGGAACACACGAAAGAAUCGGACAAUAUUAACUUAGAUAUCCGAGAUGCAAACAAAUACAGAAAUAUGUUACUUACACUACGUCGUAGCCAAGAAACGGAACAAUAUUGGUUCGAAAUACAAGAAGAAUGCAAUAUGGAAGACCCCAACUACAAGUUUUAUCUUAAAAAUUUAGUGUAUAACGACUGCAAUUAUGUAAUAAUAUAUGUGUUCAGUGAAAAGGUCUUCUCUGGAAAUAUUAUUAAUUUCCUUACAAAAGGAGGAAUUCUUGGCCUAUAUUUGUUAUAUUUUAUGAUUGUCGUGAGUGUAUUAAAAAUGUUUCGAUCUGACAUUAAUGAAUUUGUGUAUGGUGACCUACCUAAUUCUAAAAUUCUAAUGAGGAAAUGCAUUGAAUUACACAUCGCACGAGAUUACAGGAAUUUUCACCUUGAACGAGAAAUUUUCGAGGAAUUGGUUAGCAUUUUUCGGUCUUCCGAAUUAUUAAUUAAGGUUAGCCGAUAUGAAGAUAGCAACUAUAAUCCUACAUUUAUCAUGCCUGAUGAAUAAGUUUACGUUAAUGUAUUUUGUAAUUUGCUGUAAUUGUGGAAUGUAAAAAUGUUAUCUGCCAAUUUUUUAUUUGAUUAAUAUAUUAUUUGUUUAAAAAAAUAA